ACUCUUCUUGGUACUUCUGGCAAUGACAGACCUUCAGGACAGAUUUAUCUGCUAAAUGCUCUUGGGCAGGAGAUAAAGGGACACUUCUGGAAGCAGUGCCAGCGGAGCAGAGCCCAGAGCGUGCCCGGGCCACUCACUGGCCGGGCCGCCCCGCCUGUCCUGAAGACUGAGCCCGCCCCAUCUGCCUGCAGCCCGUCUCCUCCAGGGAGGCCCUCAGGGCCCCCUUCUGCUCUCAUCCUCUGCCCAGUCUCCGUUCCGGCCGUCGAGGGAUGCGAACUUGGGAAUGGAGUUGGCGCCCCUCCCCAGGCCGGUGCUGACGGAGAGGACCAUCUGAGGCCAGCUUUGUUCGCGGGGAGGAGGGCACUGGCCUGGCCUGCAUCCCCCACCAUGUUCCUGCUGCUGCCUUUCGACAGCCUGAUUGUCAACCUCCUGGGCAUCUCCCUAACGGUCCUCUUCACCCUCCUCCUGGUUUUCAUCAUCGUCCCUGCUGUUUUCGGAGUCUCCUUUGGUAUCCGAAAGCUCUACAUGAAAACUCUGUUAAAGAUCUUUGCGUGGGCUACCUUGAGGAUGGAGCGAGGCGCCAAGGAGAAGAACCACCAGCUCUACAAGCCCUACACCAACGGAAUCAUUGCAAAAGACCCCACGUCACUAGAGGAAGAGAUCAAAGAGAUCCGCCGGAGCGGGAGCAGUAAGGCCCUGGACAACACUCCCGAGUUUGAGCUCUCGGACAUUUUCUACUUCUGCCGGAAAGGAAUGGAGACCAUCAUGGACGACGAGGUGACCAAGAGGUUCUCGGCAGAGGAGCUGGAGUCCUGGAACCUGCUGAGCAGGACCAAUUACAACUUCCAGUACAUCAGCCUGCGGCUCACCGUGCUGUGGGGCUUGGGCGUGCUCGUCCGCUACUGCCUCCUGCUGCCGCUCAGGGUAGCUCUCGCCUUCACGGGGAUCAGCCUCCUGGUGGUGGGCACAACGAUGGUGGGGUACCUGCCAAACGGGAGGUUCAAGGAGUUCCUGAGCAAGCACGUUCACCUCAUGUGCUACCGGAUCUGCGUGCGCGCGCUGACGGCCAUCAUCACCUACCACGACAGGAAGAACCGGCCUAGAAACGGCGGCAUCUGCGUGGCCAACCACACGUCUCCCAUUGACGUCAUCAUCCUGGCCAGCGACGGCUAUUACGCCAUGGUGGGACAGGUGCACGGCGGCCUCAUGGGGGUCAUCCAGAGAGCCAUGGUCAAGGCCUGCCCCCACGUCUGGUUCGAGCGCUCCGAGGUGAAGGACCGCCACCUGGUGGCCAGAAGGCUGACCGAGCACGUGCAGGAUAAAAGCAAGUUGCCCAUCCUCAUCUUUCCAGAGGGAACGUGCAUCAAUAACACAUCAGUGAUGAUGUUCAAAAAGGGAAGUUUUGAAAUUGGAGCCACAGUUUACCCCGUUGCUAUCAAGUACGACCCGCAGUUCGGGGACGCCUUCUGGAACAGCAGCAAGUACGGGAUGGUGACCUACCUGCUCAGGAUGAUGACCAGCUGGGCCAUCGUCUGCAGCGUGUGGUACCUGCCCCCGAUGACCAGACAGGCAGAGGAGGACGCGGUCCAGUUUGCCAACAGGGUGAAGUCCGCCAUCGCCAGGCAGGGCGGCCUGGUGGACCUGCUGUGGGACGGCGGCCUGAAGCGGGAGAAGGUGAAGGACACGUUCAAGGAGGAGCAGCAGAAACUGUACAGCAAGAUGAUCGUCGGCAACCACGAGGACCGGAGCCGGUCCUGAGCCCCGCCGCCGCCCAGCCGCCUCCGUGUCCCUUUCCGCCGAGUCCUCUGGAGGAAGGCCAUUAAAGUCCCUCCCCACCGAGCCAGAGCGGCCUGAGUGCUGGGUGGAAGCCCGCGUCCCCUCGGGGCCUGGGCGCCGUCUGUCUGAGGCCCGUGUGCAGGGGACCUGGCCGGCCAGCACUGCCCCAGGAGGGCCCGGCCUCGAGGCCAGACUCACGGGAGAGACUGUGACUGCAGGCCCCGGGGAGUGCCGUUCUCCCCGAGGGGCCGGCGUGGCCGUGGCUCGGCCCCCCGCUCAGCCGCGGCGCCACGCUCGUCUGCCCCCAGUGUGGGGGGUGGGGACGCCUGCCUCCCCGGGUUGUUGUGAGGGAAGGGCAGCCAGCCUCGCGUGGUGGUGCAGGGCCGGGGGCGGGCGGGCGGG